AUGCAGCUCACUGCGUCUCAGUGCGGGACCAGCACGCGCGAUCGUUACUGCGCGCGCAUUGGCUGGCGGAGAAGGGCGCACGUGGGUCAGGGUAAACAACACGCCAGCGCGCCCCCGUGCGUGUCCGGUCAGCGGAACGUCGGUAAAGACUCGCUGACUUUACUGGUGCACAGACGCGGCGGAACAAUGUUGCUCGGAAAGCUGGUUGUUGGUGUAUUCCUGGUAGUGCUCGGCCCCCGCGUGUGUGUGGGUUACGUAUUUCAGGCCGUACAGCCAACAGAAGAAAAGGAAGAGAUUCCCUUAUCGCCUAAAGUAUCUAAAUGGGAAAGCACAGCUGGAUCUUGUAAGGGGCGGUGCUUCGAGCUGGUAGAGGCGGAGCCUCCUGGGUGCCGGUGUGAUAAUCUGUGUAAGACGUAUUAUAGCUGCUGUGCCGACUUUGAUAAGCAGUGCCUCAAAACUGCUGGAGGUUUUGAGUGUACUGCAGAGCGGUGUGGAGAGAGCCGAAAUGAGGACUAUGCAUGCCAGUGUUCAGAGGACUGCUUGGAGAAAGGAGACUGCUGCACCAACUUCAAAGCUCUCUGCAAAGGUGAGAGUCCAUGGGUGGACGGAGACUGUGAGGAGAUUAAAGCCCCAGAAUGUCCUGCAGGAUUUGUGCGUCCUCCUCUCUUUAUCAUCUCUCUGGACGGAUUCCGUGCCUCCUACAUAAAGAAAGGAAAAUCUGUCAUUCCCAACAUCCAUAAACUGAGAACAUGUGGGACUCGCUCUCCUCACAUGAGACCAAUGUAUCCUUCGAAAACAUUUCCAAACCUCUACACUCUCGCUACGGGGCUGUACCCGGAGUCUCACGGCAUUGUGUGUAACUCCAUGUACGACCCAGUGUUUGAUGCAAACUUCAACCUGCGUGGGAGGGAGAAGCUCAAUCAUCGCUGGUGGGGUGGACAACCUAUCUGGAUAACAGCAGAGAAGCAGGGGGUGAAGGCAGCUACGUUCUUCUGGCCUUGGGUGAUUCCACUGGAGAGAAGGAUUCUGACCAUGCUACGCUGGCUCCACCUGCCUGAUGAUGAAAGGCCAUAUGUGUACGCAGUCCACUCCGAGCAGCCCGAUACGUUCGGACACAGGCUGGGGCCGCUCAGCAGCGAGCUGGAUAACCCGUUAAGAGAAAUUGAUAACAUCAUCGGUCAGCUGAUGAACGGUCUGAAACAGAUGAACCUGCACCGCUGUGUAAAUGUCAUCAUAGUGGGCGAUCAUGGAAUGGAGGAGGCCCACUGUGAUCGUACAGAGUAUCUCAGCUCAUACGGACUCAACAUUAAUGACUUCACCCUAAUCCCAGGAUCAUCUGGGAGACUGCGUCCCAAAAACCAGAGCAUGCCAUAUGACCCAAAAGAACUUGUAGCCAAUUUAACAUGUAAGAUGCCCAAUCAGCACUUUAAAGCCUAUCUGAAGCAGCACCUGCCCAAGCGGCUGCACUACGCCAACAACCGCAGGAUAGAGGAUGUCCACCUGCUCAUGGAGAGGAAGUGGCUCGUCGCCAUGAACCGGUUACCGGGCAGCUGUGGCUACUUUGGCGAUCACGGCUUUGAUAACAUAAUUAGCAGCAUGCAGACCAUCUUUUUGGGAUACGGGCCGAGCUUCAAGUUCAGGACAGAAGUUCCUCCUUUUGAGAAUAUCGAGCUUUACAACGUAAUGUGUGACCUCCUGGGCUUGACUCCUGCACCUAAUAAUGGCACACACGGCAGUCUGAACUCCAUUUUGAAAGACCCUCCAUUCACACCUAUACAGCCAGAGGAAGUGACAUCACCAAAACCUCUGGAGCCUGCUGCUGCUUCACUAGCGUUUUACAACCUGGGCUGCAGCUGCGAUGAUGAGAAUAUGAUUGAGGAGAGCACUGAUGGAUUUUUCACAGACAUCACUGCUUUUUUAAACAAUGUGACUCACCUGCUGUUUGGACGUCCAGCUGUUUUGUUCCAGACAUCAUACUCUUUACUUCAUCACUCGAACUACAUCAGCGCAUACAGUUAUGAGCUGCACAUGCCCCUGUGGACUGCAUUCACCAUCAUACCGCUGAUCGAGAGCACUGCUUCACCUCGCUCCGAGUGUGUAAGAGCAGACAUCCGAAUUCCUCCUGAGCACACACAGACCUGUGACUUCAACAAACAGGAUCACAAGAUCGUCCGUGGAUUCCUUUUCCCACCUGGUUACUCGACCACUCCUGAAUCCACUCAUGAUGCUUCUUUAAUCACCAACACUGUGCCCAUGUACCCUGCCUUUAAGAGAAUAUGGAGUUACCUGCAGAAGACAGUACUGAGGCGCUACAGUGAAGAGAGGAACAUCAUUAAUGUUGUGACUGGACCCAUAUUUGACUAUGACUCAGAUGGACUCAGAGACACAGUGGAGAAAAUCAGAGAACACGAAGGCGACUCUUCCCCGGUCCCCACUCAUUUUUACGUUAUAAUAGCAAGCUGUGAACGACUUAACUCAACAGAGGAGGAGUGUGCUGAAUCCAUUUCUAUGGUUUCUUUCAUCCUUCCACACCGACCAGAUAACUCGGAAAGCUGCAAUAGUUCGGAGGAGCCGUCUCACUGGGUGGAAGGGAUCCUGCGCACUCACACGGCUCGUGUACGCGACGUGGAACUGCUCACCGGACUCGAUUUCUACCGCUCGGUCCCGCUGCCCUUCACAAAGACACUCGCUCUGAAAACCUAUCUGCACACGUUCGAGGACAACAUCUAACACCUGGUGGAGCAGCAUUGCUAAACACCACAUCACCUCUCUUCCUGGAUCCGCUGAUGAUUAGGUGUAUAGUUUUUAUACAGUUUGUCAUAUUUAUUGUUCAUUUCAAACUAAAUAAUGAUGGUUCAAACAGUUCCACUUUAGACUCACUAAACCUAGGUUAUAGAGCGUGAAUUAUAGUGCGUCGUUGUGAGUACCUUUGUGUGUGUGUGUUCUUGUGUGUGUGUUGUUAGUUAACAUUUUGUCAGCAUGUGUUUGCUAGCAUGUUGUGUGAUUCAUAUAGGUAUAAAAAUAUUUUUUAGCCACACUAAAAACUGCUCCUUUAACUGAAGAGGAAGCUUGGGUGUAGACCGCAAAUCUGUAUAAACAGUAACUUCUGUAGCUAAAUAUUCAGGUACAAUAGGCUUAGAAAAAAGCUUGUAUCAUGACUUGCACACAUACAAUGCAGAGAAAUCCAUCUCCCAGCUUGUUAGGAUGUUUGAGUCAGUGUACAGUUUCUCUGCAUCCGUGGACCUGAGAGUGUUUACUCAAGGGUUUUACAGUCGCAGUAUCCAACAUGGGGCCAAUACUUAUGUCUCAAAACGCCAAUUAACCAGCAAAGCUAUCUAGAUAACUAAUGCUAUUUACUGAGGUUCAGGAUUGUCUGAUCAAGUUAAUUUAACCACUGGAAUGAUUUCUUUGUUCACAAAUAAGACUAUUUAAGAUAAGAGACAAACAUAUAUUUGUAAAUGGAUUCCUCAUUAGAAGUAAUCAAUUUCAUUAAAUUCAGUGAAAAGAAUAUAGUGUGUGUGUGUGUGUGUGUGUGUGUGUGUGUGUGUGUUUUUCUGUGAAGGAUAAACACCACCAUUGUUUCUGAUAUCCGGCAAAAACCUUAGAACAAAGCUAACCAUUUUCAGUCUUUCAAAUGAGAUGCCAUUUCUCUCAAGAGCUUUGGAUGGCAGUGUUUUGAAGUACUCUUAAUACCAGCUAUGGAAUGGUGACAAAUGAAAGGAAAAAUGAUAUAAAAUGUGUUAAGUUAAAGCCUUGGCAUAGAUCCAACCUCUAACUCUGGAACUGUAAUGGAGCAAUGAACAGUUCUCAAAAAGAGGUUGAGUCUGAGUUCAAAUCCUAUAAUCCUAUAAAUAUCAAGUCUUCAACUGGGUUAAGAAUGUGAAGGUAGAUAAUUUAAUAAAGGGUGCUGAAUGUGAAGGUAUAUAAUUUACUACACUUUCAUCCUGUAAGUGGGGGUGGAGUCAUCCUGGACAAAACCUCUCCCAUCAGAAUAGAAAAGGAUAAAUGUAAUCAGUCCAAAGAAUAAUGUAUUGAUUUACAGUGAGACUUAUAGGAUAUAUGUAUAGACUUAUAUACUCUACGUAUAGACCGAUAUUCUCGCAGAGUUUCAGCGGAUGAACUGACUCUGAAACAUUGAAACAUUGAAAAUUUCAUAAUUCAGUGAUGAAGAACUCAUUCAUUGAUGAUUCAAAGAUGUGCAAAAAUGAUUAAUCACCAGUUUAAUCACCAGAUCUCACCAGAAAUCAGUUGAGUCACCUGUGUGAGGUUUUAGAUCAAUGUUCAUAAUAAAAAAAUGCAGUUUUACAGUUUCAGAGUCUUUGCCAAGGUGCAUUGAAGAUAUUCUGGUGGCUUGUGGUGGCCCUGCAUCUUACUAAAAAAACUUCUCUAUAUAUAUUCUACAUAAAACUAAUACUAGCUAAUCACAUUAGCUACAUUAACCAUGUGAUUGACUUUUAUCAUCACAUUCACUAAUCUGAUUGGAAAGAAAGUAAAACAAAAAUACUGCCAAACUGUCAUGAAAUAAUUUUUUUAAAGAUGCACCAAUGCUACAGAUGGUUAGAUUACUGACUUUGCUAGCAAUUAAUGAAUGUGUGCUACACUGUACAGAGUACAGAGAUCAUGCUACAUGGUCCAUGUGAUUAGGAAAACCAGCAUUAAAGCCAGCUUGCAAUAAAUCCACACUCUGCAUCUGGCCAUGUGUUCCUUCCCAUACUCCUGUCACAAAUAUCCAGUGUACAGAAAUAUCAUUACUGCUAUGCGCUAGUUGUGUGCUUUAUCAAAAUGUUGAUGUAUGGAUGCUAGUUGCUUGGUUAAAUGCUAGAAAAACUAACCCGAUUAUAUAAUAAAUGAACAGUAGACAACUUUUGUUGUCACCAAAACAUGAUGACAAUGUUUAUUUUUUUCUGAAGGGAACGAAAAGUCAUUGUCUGUAACAGUGGUAUCAGUAAUUAAAUCAUUAAAACAAUAAAAAAGUAA